AAGUAAUUAAGUUAAUAAGAGUAGAUGUGGAAAGAAAAGUAAAUAGAGGAGUAUUUUAAUAGUGGGGCAUAUAGUUCAAAGGUAAAUCGUGAUUUAGAUUACAUGAGAUAGAGUUAUUAAGAGGAUGUAGAUAAUAAUGGUAUUUUGAUAGAUAAAGAAGGGUUUUGUAAGUAAUCAUAUAAAGGGAGAAGUGGAGAUGAUUUGGGUAAUGUGGAGAUAAGAGGUUAAAAGUAUUAGAGACCAAUGAGUGCAUUAAUAUCACCAAGUUAUGGUUAUUCAUUUCGAUAAAGGCCAAUAACAGCACCAGGAUUAAAGGUGCAAGUGAAACAUAUGAUGAGGAUUGAUGAAAAUGCAGCGAUGAUAUCAGUACCAUAUCAUUCUGAGACUAAGUAUUGGAGAAAUACAAAGAAAUUCGAUAAAAGUAAGUCAUUUAAAUAAGUUAUUAAAUAGCAAAUUAAAAUGUUAUUCGUAAUGAUUCUACUUUAAAGAAGGAAUCUUUAGUAGGUGAAAGUGAGAAUUUGAAUAUUGAAGAAGAAGAAGAAACGAAGAAUUAGAAUAUGAUAGAUAAAUAGAUAGUAAAGAACAGAUCAUUUUAACCAAUAUAGAGUUAAGAAAGGAAUUAAAUAAAUGAUAGAGAUAUUGAAUAAAUGACAGAAGGUGCAUAGAUAAAGGGAAGAAGUAUGCCAUAAUAAAAGGGAUUCAAACAUUCUAGUUUAUAAAUUUAUGAUAAUCUUACUGAUAUAAUGAAGUUGAUAAAUGGAUAAACUUAUACAAAAAGUCCUGUGAUUGUAAAGACUAAACCUUAAGGAUUGAGACCAUAGAGUGCAAUUAAUAAAUAAUAGAAAGUUAGUUAACGUUAUCGACCAAUAGGUGGAAAGGUAUCAUUGAUAGCAGUGAGAGGAUUCUAAUUAUGA